GUCGCAUAUUCAUGACCAACAGCUGGGUCUCCCUCCCUCGCUCCCUUCCCCUCUAUUGUUAGAGGUUUUGGUCAAGGGGUUGGCUGGCACCGUGUGUACCACAGGAAUCGCCCAUGCUUUGGAUUAAUAUUGAUACAGGGUAAGUUUUCCUCACAAUCAAGGAUCAUCUUUAAUAUCUGUAAUAAGGGAUGCUGCCAGUUUAAGCUCGCGAUGGUAUGUGGAGCAACAGGGAAGCUGUCAUCCUCGCCCAUCACAGGGAUGAAACGAUGUGUUUGCUAAUGCUGGUUACCUAAUGAACUGAAGAGCAUGUUCAAUUUAGGGACAUUUUGAUAAAGGAAUUCAAAGUAAAUCGCACAUACUCAUGUAAAAUCAUAUUUAGCUGGUGUUAUCGUUGAUGUCAACGUAACCUCGCUGGUGUUUCGGUUUAAAGAGCGACCCUGUUUCCUGGCGGCAUCAGCCGCAUAUGUUUGUCGUAAUCACGACAGCGAUCAUAACAUAAGUGUUAUCGUUUAAGCUUAUAUAGAAGAUAUAUUUGAUAGAUUUCUUUUGACAGAGAGAUUAAAAAACAAAUCAUAAUGCAUUUGCAAUGGGUCUUUGGGUGCUUUAACUGUAAUUGAGCCAUAACAACCAGUGACGUAUUUUUCGAUGUGUCGCCAGUUUGCAUGGUCACACUUUUAAUCGAAACACCUAUUUGUUUUCUGGGUUAGCUAACAUAAUUUAACACAAUUUCAUAGCUUAUCUUAAUAGUUUCAAAAGUAUUGUAAUGUUUUAUUUAGUGUGGCCGUGGGGGGAAAGGGGAAAUUGGAUUUUACCCAGUUUCAACUUUAAAAUUAUACAAUAAUUUUAUAAUAUUAGAUUUAAAGUAGUUGGACCUGAAAGAGUCGACUGAAAGAAAGCAAAAAAAGGAAUCAGGGAAGAAUUGAUAAUGAAUGUUUGAGUCAUUUACUGAAUGAAUUGAUUAGAAAAGUUUAUUACAAAUUAUUCUUUUUAACAAUUACUCAAUAAAACACUUACAGAUAGUUAAAUUAAGAAAAAGGGAACGGGGGAGUGAGUGGGAGCAAGCAAUAGGGAGGCAGUCUACCAAAGGAAGAGUCCGGGGAGUGCACUUACCAACCACACGUAAACCAUGAAUUCACUGCAAAACAUUACAAACACUGCAAACUGGUGUAGACUAUGGUGCCUCAGUGCGCCUACCACUGCAACAGAAAAAAAGGUGUGAGGAACCACCCAACACGCCGAGCCUCCACUGCACUGUAGGGGAUGAAAAGAAAGUUAAAUUAAUGAUUAAAACUAUGUUGAAAAACCCUGGCUGGUUCUACUAAAAUGGCUCUUUAAUUACAAUAAAAUCACCAAAAUGUGGACAACACAAACUCUAAAAGACAAAAACAGGAUCUAAAAAAAGAGACAAAAACAGCAGCUGAUUGUGUCUGCAAUACAAGAACAGUAAUUAUUGUACUGUUAAAAAAAAUGUGAUAAUCAUGCCAUUGUCUUUCUUACAAAAUGCUCAUACCUGUUUAGGUACAUCCAUCCAGAUUUCCUCCAACCUGCUUAACAUCACUUAUGUCAAUAGACGCCAACAGACAGGUAAAAGUGCAAACUGGAAGCAAACAAUCGAAAAGAGCGAACUCAAUUCAGCAACUGAUUAAAGGUCAGAACUCAAAGUAAAUUGUCAAAUACGAUGAUUUUACCUCAUUACCUUUGUUCAGACCAUGUGGCAGCAAGCAGACACAGACAAAGGAAAGGCAGUGCUCCUGCCGCAGGUGCAUUAAAUAGGAAGGUAGGUAAAAGGGGAGGAGUUGGCCUAAUUUUGAAGAGGCUGCACAGCUUGCAGCUGGAAACAGGGAAAAUGGAGAUGGUGAAAUCAUGCAAACCACUUGCAUGUGAAAAUAAUUUAGUUGUGGUGGGGAAGGAACCACGUAUUGUCUGUGUUGUUGUGUUCGACCUCUGCUUACACCAGAACAUCAGACUGACAAUUUUACUGCUGCACUCGUUGUCUGUCAAAUUGGAUAAGAGCAUGAACCGAAUGCUUAGCUCAGACAUGAAGGGACAUAAAUCUGCAAAGAGCUGAUGCAAGCAGGCUAAUCCUCUGGGACGGCUGUGACAGACCGGUGUCAAGUAUAAUGCAGCUGUGGUGUCUGUGAUGCAAAGUCAGGGCUGCUAUCCUCCUGCUGUGCUGAGAUCUUACACCUUUUAUACAGUUCAAUACUCCCUUACCAAUAUUAAGUGGUGGUUUCCAGAGUGCGGUCAGGCCUUUUCCCAGGCAAAGGAAAUUAAUAGUUCAUGUGGUCACUAAUCACUAAAGUGCAUUUUUGUGGAACUUUACAGAGAAGUUAAAGAAACAUUAGAAAAAGUAAUGCAUUUCUUCAUGUUGGUUUAGUUCGGAAGAAGAAGCUGUCUGGCUAUAUUACUCAUGGGCUGACUCACAGUCGCCUGGUCAACAACAGCCUUGCCAUUUUAAAUCAGGCUGAAGAAGAAGCUUGUAUCAGAAAGAUGUUGCUCUGAUGAGUGUGAGGCUAAUGCAUGCAGAAACUCUCCUCCCAGUUCAAACUGAUGCCGGUAGCUAUUAAAUCCGGCCUGGAAUAUCUGCAUCAUGUAGUGUUUUGUAUCGCUCUUACCCUGAUAAUUCCAGUAUCCCUCACUCAAUGUCAGUGAUAUUAAUGGGUCAUUACGGUGUAUCUGCCGGGGCUUUAAUGGUAAAACUACAUUCUUGCUAUUAGCAUAGCGUGCAUCACAGUAAUCUCCUUCCCCUUCAUUGAGCAAACAGCCUCAGCAUCAGUGUUAUGUAAGCUGCAGAGGAUGAAUGUUACCCAAGGACAGUCUCUGCAAAGGCAUGUUCACUCAAAGCCACCCACAUACACACAAACUCACACACAGAUUAAUGGGCAUAUGAUAUGUCUGCAUGCACAGGGAUUUUUAAACUUUAACUUUUCUCACUUUAAUCUGCAUCUCUCUGGCUUCAAGACAUAAUUGAAGAAACACACCAUGUUGUGGAAGUUCAACCAGUUACAACCAAUUAUUUUAAACUGAAAAAACGUCCAGACAAGAGAGAAAGUGACAGUAACAGGAGCAGCAUUCUUGUCCUCAGCUGGGGUUUCAUUCUCAAAAUCAUCUACUGGGAGCUGAGCUCUUUAUGGGCGUGCUUCCUGUCUCAUUCCUCCAGAGAUAGGCAACAGGAUGUGGGAGGAGCUUUGUCUCACCCCUUUGCCGUCCUUAAAUCAGUGCGAGGCAGCAGAGUGGAUCUUUCUUUGAGCAACAAAUACGUGGCCACUCAGUAUACCGAAACUAAAGACUGUGACAUGAGAAGCUUUUUAAGAAUGCAAGGUAUUUAGAUGAAAUGAUCACAGGGAGAAAUAUCUGUAAAACUCUUUAUAAAGUGUCAAAUAUUCAAAGUAACAAACAGGGGAAAGCAAAGAGUCAAUUUGAGGGAGUUUGAGUCAUUUGUGUUGUUGUUGUGCAUUUUUCUCUUCAGGUAAAGGUGUGCAGGCACCGCCCAUCAGUGCAGAAACAGGAUGUGAUGUCACAGCGCUAGCAGAGGUCCUUUUCUGUCCAGCAUUGUGUUUGCGAGCGGGGAACCCCCUCCCCAGUCCCGCUCUAAGGACAGGACAUGUUUGAAGCCAAACCGCGCGCUGUGGAGAAGAAGGAGUCCAGCACUGAGACAGGUGGAGUGUUUGUGCUUCAUUAUUGCCAGUUUUAUUUAAAGUACACAGAAGAGGAAAUUGAAAUAAUCAUUAUUAACAGUUUAUUUCAGAUGCCAGGGUCACACUGCCCUCAUGUACAGUAUGUUGUGUCUCUGGGCCUGAUGCUAAAGUUAGCCCUGUCUGCCCCAGUAAACCACAUAUUUGCUCAAGCAGAAGGACAUUGCCGAGCAGAGUGGCUGAGAACGCACAUGCGCACACACACACUCACUCACGACACGCAUAUUUAAAUACUUCAUCAGCCCACACUAGCUCUCAGAAAAAUAGAGUCUGGCAUUUUCUUCCCACCCCUCUGCAGUGUUUUGACAAAAUAAAAGCCUCUCAGAUUACUGUUUUCCUCGGAUUUCCUCUUUAAGCUGCAUGUGUUACUGUAUUGAAGCUGAACAUGUCAUGACUCUUCUUCCAUCCUCUCAAUAGAAUAGUAGUUUUUUUUUUUCAAAGGACAAAACUGCAAAACAUGCUCUUUUAAUGCCUUAAGAUGUCUAAUGUUGAUGUUUUCAGGAAUAAAGGUGGGGUAGGCAGGAUCUGAGGAAGUGCCAGUUUUUGGGAGAAAUCUUAAAUGUAAACUCUACCCCUCCCAACCAGUUUUCCCCUCAGCUCCUCCUCUCCCCUCCCUCUCUGCUCCAGUAAGCCCCGCCCACAAAUAGACGCUCCUGCUUGCUCGUAUCUUUCCAAUUAAAUUCUGAUAUAAUGCAGAUAAAUACUUCAGAUAAUUAUAAAUGGAACCCAGUCAACGUGAAAGUAAAAAAGCAUUGGUGCUACUGUAGAUGCCAACAGACUACCAGCAAACACAAUGUUUGCUGGACUUCUAAAACUAGGAUAAAGGGACAUAGUCCAGGACCCGAGGUCAACAGUUUAGCAGCUCUGCGACACACAGCAGAUCCCUUUUGACAAGAAACUCUUCUGUUACAGACACUUGGCUUACUUUGUUAAAGCAGUUUAUCUGUCCAGCUGAAAGGUUACAGGGGCCGUAAGAUCCCGAAGCAUCCCCCAUCGUUUAUGCUGAUGUUGACCCGGCUUCUAAGCUCUUGUCCGGUCUACCUCCGUUUUAAGCGCCUGUUAUUCCGCCAGAGUCUCUGGUAUCUACUUUGUUUUAUCGCUUGUGUUUUCCGUACUUUCUGGCUGGUUUACUUUCUACUGUCCGAUGUUGUAGCACGCUAACUUUGUUUGGGCUCGUUCAAGUUAUUGGAGGACGUGGAGUGUGCCUCACAACAUGAGGGAGCAGCAUCUGCCUCUCAACCAAUCACAAUGGGGGAGGCAGAGAAUGGCUUUGUUUACAGUCAGAAAGAGCAGGCCGUUCAAAAAAUUAAAAAUGUUGACUACACAGACAUAACAAAACACAGGGAUAUCGUUAUAUUACCAAAUGUCAUCAAUAACUAACAUCUUUUGACUGAUAUUAAAAGCUUUUUUGUUUAUACACCACAAAAAAAGAUGCUUCUGUAACAGAUCCCUGCCUACCCCACCUUUAAGUUCCCUUUUUUUGGCCAAUCUGUACUUUCAUUUUUGGUAUCGGCAUAAGCCACUAAAAAACAGAUAUCAGUCAACCCCUGCUGACAUCCGGCCAGUACACUGGUCGAUCCCACAGAUAAUAACUGCAAACUGUGCAACAUCAUUCAUCUCCAUCAUUAAGUGAAAUAGAAUUUGACUUUGGAUCAUGAACCCUGAAUGAUAUUUAUGCCUCAUAACCCACAGAUGAGGGGCUGGGCAGCAGUGGGAGGCACUAUGGCUCUGGCUCACUUGGCUCCAGCUCAGCCUGCUCUGUCUACCUGUCAGACAGCCAGGACUGGGUGGUCUCCCCAAGCUGCUCCCCAGAUGAAGCCCCCAGCCAGCAUAGCGCCAUCUCCCCCAUGCUGGCCGAGGAGACCUUCCGCUACAUGAGUAAGUGUAAACCGAGUCCUCUUUGGUUUUGAGUCAGUGUUGGAAAAAUCUCUGUUUACAAGCUUUUCUGUUUCUGUGUGUGUGUCAGUUUAUGCUCUGCUGUGAUUGGUCAAGCCAGUGGCGACAUCAGAGAGCAGAUGGUGCUCUCAACCCUCUGCAUUAACCACGUGAGGGAUUCAUUUUAUACGGCGAACAUCCUCCACAAUUAAAAUCACUGGGAUUUAGAGUGGAUAUGAUUUGGCACAGGACUGUCAUUGUGUAAAGCUGUCUGUGCUUGUGUGCAGCUAAGAGUGUGAGUGAGUGAAAAAAGAGAGAGAGAGAGCAAGAGGAAUCCAGUCAUCCAGCCAGAGUUUAAGUGUGGUUGAUUUCAAAGCCAGGGAGUCACGGGAUAGAGAGUGAUGAGGACGGGGAGGAGGAGGAGAGGGAAGAGGGGGAGGGCAGAGUUGAAAGACAGAGCAUGAAGACAGGACGGAGAAGUGAAGCGUGAGAACAUGCCGGUUUUAAACAUCCACAAUGAGGAGGAUUACGAUAACUUUGCUAUCGAAGGUAGGUGUCAGUUUGUGGCUCAGUAUGUGUGUGUGUGUUUAGCACAGAGACAGAUUUACGAGCCUGUGUGACAGCACAGCGUCUGCAAGGUCGGGGAAAGAUCUCAGGGACAAGUGUGUUUAUACUGUCUCGUCAGUGUGUGUGUGUGUGUCAGGAGACAGGAAGUAGGCGAGAAUGAAUGAAUGCUUGUGUGUUUACGUUCAAACUAGCUCUGGUAUGCAGAAGCAGCAGCAACAGUUAGAAAAAGGGAACUUCUGGGAGUUCACAUUAUUAAUCAAACUUUAUUUAUAAAGUACUUCUCAUACAAAAAAAGUGUCGUCCAUUCAAGAACACAAGUAGAUAUAUGUCAGGGGAUACAAAAUAAAAUGACCUGAAUAAUUAGGUGCUUUGGUGCUUUUAUUUUGUAAAAACAGUGGGAUUAAAAACAUGACUUAUUUUGUUUACCUGUAAAAGAGUGGGAAUUAUCAGCAUUGUAUAUGUUUUUCUUUAACUGCACGUGCGACAGAAGGGGUACAGUGAGGGAGUCUGGGUGUCAUGUUCCCACUGGGUGAAGCAUUUGCUCCACUUAUGAGGUGAUAAAUAGAUGCGGUCUAUAUAUAGCACCUGAUGCACGUGCACAGGCCUGGCAUGUUAAUAUUAGAAUACCCAGUGGAGUGUGUGUGUGUAUAUAUAUAGAUAUAUGAAGAAGAGUGUGACCCCAAAAAAGUGUAGUUGUGUUUUCAAACUCAUAUCGGUAAAUACCAAUACAGAAAUCAGUAAAGACAUAUAUAUACCGAUUUAGAUACAUACACAGGUACAAAUACUGAUACAGAUACAGAAACAAAUACAGCUAUAUAUACCGAUUUAGAUACAUACAUGGGUACAGAUACUGAUACCAAUACAGAAACCGAUACAGAUAAAUAUACCAAUUUUGACACAAACAAGGGUACAAGUACUGAUACAGAUACAGAAACAAAUACAGAUAUAUAUAGUGAUACAGAUACAGACACAGGUACAAAUGCUGAUACAGAUACAGACACAGGUAUGAGCACUGAUACAGAUACUAAUUCAGGUACAGGCACCAAUAAAGAUACAGAUAGAUACGGAUACAGACACAGGUACGGGCACCGAUACAGAUACUAAUACAGAUACAGUCACCAAUAGAGAUACAGAUACAGAUACAGGUAUGGUCACCAAUACAGAUAUUAAUACAGAUACAGGUAUGGUCACCAAUACAGAUACUAAUACAGAUACAGUCACCAAUAGAGAUACAGAUACAGAUACAGGUAUGGUCACCAAUACAGAUAUUAAUACAGAUACAGGCACCAAUACAGAUACCGAUACAGAUACAGAAGCCAAUACAGAUACUGAUACCAGUACAAAAACCAUUACUGAUACUGAUACAGAAGCCAAUACAGAUACUGAUACAGUUACAGCGAUACAGAUACAGAUUCUUUAAACUUCCAUCCGUCAGUACCAAUUUGCACAUUCUCAGGUACCAAAGACUGAACCAACACAACAUGUCAGCAGUGGUAUUCACUUGCCUUCACUUUUGCAUGAUGGUGGUGUGUCAUCCAUCUUUAUAUACUGUAAAUGAUUACUAUACCGCACUCUAAACAUUGAUCCAGGCAUCUAAGGUAAUCAGUAUCUCUUCUUUAUUGAGCAUGUUUUGAAAUCUGAAGAGACGAGCUGUCUAAUGCUGACACACUUGGCAAAAAUGCAGUCGAAACAGCAGAAAUGUGAUACAUGAGCACGGGGUUUUAUCAGUGCAAAGUGAUAGCUCAGAGUCACACUGAACUUACUCAGAGGAUUAUCCAGCCUCGGGUACUUUUUCCUCUGAAGACCUUAACCUUUAUGUGUCCUGUCUGAUCCAAAUUUCCUUGUUGAGUUCUUCUUUUGUGCCGUAUUUGCCUCUAGCUGAUAGUAAUAGCUGUAGAUAGUGAUAGGAAAUGCAGGGGAAGAAUAAAGAGGUCUGAAUCGCACCCUGAGCUGCUUCUGAGAGGACUCAGCCACUUUACAUGGGGGCGCUCUGUCUACAAGGUGAGCUACCAGGGCACUGAUCCAUAUCCUGAUCUACGGAGCAUGUGUGAGAACUUAUGAAAAGGUUAUCAUGAAACACUACACAAAUUGUUAGAAACUUUUUGGUGUUUUUUGGUGCCUAACUUUCACAUUUAUUUGAAUAAAUCUUAUCUUGGAAGUUGAAAUAUAAACUUUGACUCAAUUUAUUCAUUUUCCUCAGCGCUGAAUCGAAAGGUCAGUGUGACUUAUGCAAAGACAUUCAUAUCAAAUCGAGAGUGCACUUUUUAUCAUUCGUUGGACUUUGCUCUCAUGCAGUCAAAAGUGUUCAGAGUACAGUCACUGUCUUAUACAAUUUAACACAACCCACUCCUGUUAACUUGUGAGUAGCGUGUGACUGUAUUUUUAAGCGUACUACUUUAGCUUUUUAUAAUCGUAAGGCAUCAUGAUCAAUCUGGACUAUGGGCAUAUCUUACAGUGACAGCACGCUCCUUCCAGCAGGUAAAGAUUUAUGUGCUCAAUUUGUGUGGAAUUUGUGUCAAACAUAAGAAAUCAAUGCGCUGUAUCUGUUUCACUUUGUAUAACAAAGACUGCUCUGUUAGGAAGAGGUUAUUUUUAGUCCUCAGUUCUUGGAGGGGAGUGCAGUGUCCAGAUCCAGAGGUCAUCGAGGGCCUCAGAUUACUGGACGACCGCUCUCUUCCAUUAGAGCAGCUGCUGCACUUAGGGUUUUAAGCACUGACUAUUGCAUUUAAUUCAAGCUGGAAAAGAUUGGUCUCUAUUGAAUGUAUACAGAAAAACUGAGGAUGUGGUUAAAGUGUGAAUAAAGAACACACUGUACGCUUAAUUAAGGGUUAAAAUGAUUUGCAUGUAUGUGUUGACGUUCUAAACAGCAUCCUGAAGUUCGGUGUGGUUAACAUAUGAAGUGAAAAGCCGGGUUUCAAUGAUUAGAGACGCUGUUUUCUCUAAACAGGUGGAUGUGGGAGCAGUGCAGCGCUGCGGACACCCACUCAGGUGCUAAAAAAGGACCAAACUAAUGGAUGUAGAUUCUCUGAUUCCCAACAAACUAAUGUCUCAAAAUUAAAGUGGAAUUAUUGAGGCUUCUGCUUUCAUCCUUGGCUUCUUCUUCUUCUUCUCCACGUGUCGCCUCCCUCUGCUUCUCCUUUUCUUUUCCCUCUUUCUCUUUUUGUCCAGUUCAUCCUACGACAAGUUAAUCGCUUGUUCACCUUUUGAACUCUCCCUCUUUAUCUCUCUCAUCCCUCUCUCACUAGCGUAUUUCGCUUUGGAGCCCUCCUCUUAUCCCAACUCGGGCUCUCAGAGCCUCUCCAAAGGUAUCUUUCUCCCUUUGUCUGUCUGCCUGCUCUGCUUUGGUUAUUUCUUUACUAAGCUCCACUGUGAGAGAGGGGCUUCAGUCUGCACUUUCACAUGGACCUAGAGCCACAGACCUGCCGCCCCUCUCAGCUUUUUGCAUGUAGAUGACAGCAGACAAGGGAUUUGUGUAGCAUAGGUCUGCUGUCUGCCACUGUAGACAGCCAGUAGUUCUGUAGCAUGGUUUAUCCAGACCACUAACAACCACUUUGCCACACUACGGAGCUGUGUCAUUUAUUAGCUGCAGUUAUAGCUCAUCUGCAGUCCUGUUUAGUUAAUGUUUGACUAUGAAGAAGCUGCUGUAAACAAGCAGAUUUUAUGUAAACAGCUACUCAUGUUGUUAGUGGUCUAACAGUUUGUAAAGUGGCAUGCAGCAGAAUUUGUUUGGAGUGGUAUUGUGGAUUUAUUUUCACUUUCAAUGACGUGUGUGUGGAGCUUUUUGCAUGCACAUACAACUAGCUGUUUGAAACAACUAGCCUUCCUGUGUACCCCCUAAUUUGUUUCCCCUCCUUUCCUAGUCCUCAGUGGUGAUCGCGUGGAGCAGAUGACCAAGACCUACAAUGACGUGGAAGUGGUCACACAUCUGCUGGCUGAGGUAAGAAUCCGCUGACUUGGAAUAAAUGGGUCAGCAUCCAGUUAGCUAACUGGCAGACUAACUUGUCACUCUUUUUCGCAACGCUAGCGGGACAGGGACUUGGAGCUGGCAGCUAGGAUUGGUCAGUCCCUGCUGCAAAGAAACCACCUGCUGCAGGAGCGCAAUGAGGCCUUAGAGGAACAGCUCGCACAGGCCCUAGAUCAGGUACCAUGUCGAUGCUUGUUUCAUUGAUGACUGUAGAGGACUGUGUUUGUAAUUUUAUGUAAUUUAAUGUUAUUUAUGAUUAGAAUUAGAUUUGUGUUUAAGUUCCAUCUGGUUCAGAUGUAUUUCCCAUUUCCAUCUACAAAUAAACAAACAUUAAACAACAAAAAGUAGAGGCCCUAAACUCGAACCUUGUGGUACACCUUUAGCGUAAAGCUUCAAUUUAGAGCAUGUACAACAUCACAUGAGUGCUAGAAAUGUAACUCUCACCAAAUUAUUAAUCAGGUACACCAAGUCCAGCAUGAGCUCAGUAAGAAGGACGAGUUGCUGCGGAUGGUGGCCAACGCCUCCGAGGAGAGCGAGACCGACUCCAGCAUCUCCACGCCGCUGCCGCAGCUUCAGGCACCAGGAGUGACCACGGCCGCCGCAGCGCUCAGCCAGCUGGAGUCUCUGCAGAAUAAGCUGCAGGAGCUGGAGGAGGAGAACCUGGUGCUGAGGUCUGAGGUAAGGGGUGUGAGUAUAGUUAAUGAAUCAGGUCAUAGUUUGUGUAUUAGAAUGAAUGCUGAUUGGUUCCUCUCCAUAUCUACACUCCAGGCAUGUCAACUUAAGAGAGAUACCAUCAGCUAUGAGGAGAAGGAGCAGCAGCUUGUGAGCGACUGUGUCAAGGAGCUCCGUGAGUUACAUUCAUCUCCUCACGCUUCAAAACUCUUCACACAAGGAAACGUCUUUCUGACUUUAAUGUGUGUGUUUUGAUUUCAGGUGAGUCCAACAGCCAGAUGGUGUCUUUAACAGACGAGUUGUCUCAGAAGAACGAGGAGCUGCUACGACACCAGGAGGAAAUCGCUCAGCUGCUUUCGCAGAUAGUGGAGCUGCAGCACAGAGUGAAGGAGGUGAGGGAGAGGGGAGGUGGUGUCACGUGAUUUGGGAAAGAGUCGCCGACCGGUUGAGUGUAAUCUUGAAGGAUUGAAAUGAAAAGUUCUCAUGACUAUCUCGAACAUUUGACUGGGAAUUCUCCUUGAAUAUGGAGAACAUUGACUUCUUUUAUAUCUUGAACACGAACAAGGCCAUCUUCCAAGGUUGAUAUUGCAUAUUUUUGCAUCUUGACUUUGGACUAGAGGGCUUGAGUUGGUCUUGAUGGGUUCUUCUUUUGACUCAGUGGGCCAGACUUUGGACCUGACUUUGUAAUGUCAUUGACACUAAGCUAGGGUGACCACAUUCUGAGGACACGACUACACAGGGGUGGAGUCACGGUUAAUUUUGAACAUUUUUUUGGGUCAGAUCAAGUGUCUUUUACGCACUUCUAACUCAGUAAGGCAACGUGACACAAAAUCGAAACUUAUGUACAAAACCGAGGACAUUUGAAGGAUUUUAUAAACUUCCCUGGACAAACCCGGACAGCCCCUAAAAAAGAGGACUUGUCUGGGUAAAAGAGGACGUAUGGUCACCCCAACUAAGCCAUGAGGCUUUAUUGGAUCGUCUGUGUUUGAAAACUAACAUCAUGUGUUGUUUCUACACAGCUGGCUCUGGAGAAAGAGGAGCUGAGGAUCCACCUGCAGGCCUCCAAAGACGCUCAGAGACAACUCACAGCAGAGGUACUCUCACGCACUCCUGCCUCAUCUGACACCAGGAAACCUGCAGCUUCUUAAACCUUUUGUUGUUCUUUAAUGCUAAUUCAUUAAACCCCUUAUUUGUUGCAGUUAAAUUAACAGUUUUAAAUACGCAUUAAGAGUCUUAAUUAUUUGCCAUAAUGAGUCCUGAGUGUUGUGAUGUGUGUGUUGUAGCUGAAGGAGUUGGCAGACAGGAAUGCAGAGUGUGUGGAGAUGCUCCAUGAAUCCCAGGAGGAGAUCAGAGAGCUGCGCAAUAAAAACACUCCCUCUGCGGGGAUGAGGAGGCACCUCUCGUACGGCCUCUACCCCAUGGUGAGAGAACGACUCUGAAGUCUUUCAAAACAGCUCCAAGUCAAGUAUAUCCCAGGGUCAAACUACACAGACUUUAAACUGGUUACCAUGGUCACGGUGUCGGAUUAGAUUAUCAUAGUGUCACAUAGAAGGUGCCGUGAGGAAAGAUCUAAGCAUAUCGGACAAAACUGGUCCAACAUCCCCUCCAUAAAAUAAAUACAUCUCAACACGGAAUGUGAUCAAAGCUGUUUGAGACGAUAAAACGAAAAAAUCUUUGUGUUUGAUAGGACUCCUUAGCAGCAGAGAUCGAGGGCACCAUGAGGAGAGAGCUGAGCGUUGAGGAAGAGACCGCAUAUAAGGACCAAAGGUGAGAAACUCUGAUCUACUGGAGUGAAAUGAAUCUAUAUCCAGUGGAAAAGGAAUGGUCUCCCAAGGGGUAAUUUGUCAUGAAUAUGGGGUUGGUUUUCUGCUAAUUGACAUCAAUUCAAUCCCAGCUUCCUACAUAGAGUCCUUGGGUAAAUAAAGGGUUAAUUCAGCUGUUUUUUUCAGCCUCAUCUAACUUUCAAAUUGGGUUUAAAGGACUCCUCCUUUAGAUCUGGUCUCUUCUCCCUGCAGAGUAUCCCAGAAGCGGGUUUUCCAAACAGUUCGAUCCAUAAAUGCCUCACGCCCGGCCUCAGCCACACCUCCGAUCCCUGGCUCGGGCCAGAGCUCCUUGGUGAUGACCGCACAGCCCUUCCAGUCCAAUCAGGGGUAUGUCUCAAAAAGGCUUGACCCUCACGUCUUUUACUUCUAAGUGGUUUUAGGUGAAUCAGUGUGUCUAUGUUUGCAGAGAUGAGGUGCCACUAGGCCAGCCCGGUUGCCCGGGAGGAAACGACCUGACCAGAGCACUCCACCGCCUCUCACUGCGCCGACAGAACUUCCUGUGCGAGCGUCAGUUUUUCCAGGCGGAGCGGGAGAAGAAGCUUCAGGCGCUGGUGGGAGCCGAGGGGGAAGGAGAGGGCAGCGGCUACAGCUCGCCGAUGGGCAGCGUGCUCUCGUCUUUCUCCAACCUCUCAGAGCUCUCGUUCAGCUCCAGCGUCUUCAAGACUUUCCUGCCUGAGAAACUUCAAAUCGUCAAACCAAUGGAAGGUAAAAUGUUUGAUUUGGUAUGCAUCACAAGGCAGCUUGAGUGGAGAAUUCCACAUGUAACAGAUUGCAGUUGAACCAGAAAGAAAGUGAUGCCACAUCUAAUCGAGCACGUCAUGCUCUGUGGAUCAAAUUUCUGUGGCAAGUGGAAAAACAUGUGACACAUGUUACCUGCUCAUGUAUUCAUUAAAAAUUAUAUCAUAUUCCCUCAUUUCUUCCUCAGGCUCACUGACGCUCCAUCACUGGCAGCAGCUCGCUAAACCACACUUAGCCACCAUCCUAGACCCCCACCCUGGAGUGGUGACCAAAGGUUUCUGCCCACUGGUCCAGGAUGCUGUCUACCGCCUGUCUGACAUGGAGGAGGACGAGGAGGACGAGGAGCUCAGACGGAUUGAAGAUGUGGAAAAAGGGGCUGCAGAACGUGGAAAAGAAGAAGAGGAUGAGGAGGAAGAGGAAGGCGGGAUCACCUUCAAGGUUCACUGUUCUUCUACGCCUGAGGAGAGGAUGGAUAGAAGGCAGGCGUUGUCUCCGCUCCCUGUGCCGCCUCUCUCACCUGGGACACCGGCUGCUUCAUCCUCAGUCAGAUCAGGCCUCAGCCUGACCCCUGCAGCCCGUCACAUGACUGAGAAAUCCAGCCAAUCAGCUCAACCCAUUCCAGCUGGGGUCCAAUCACAAAGUUCCACUUCUACAACAACAACAACAUCUUCCUCUGGUAUUAAAAAUAAAUUACUUCAACAAAAAUAGGCGAAAUAUUGAAUUUUAUGAGUCGUUAUACUGAGAAUUUUUAAAAAACGUAUUUGUUGUUUCAGUCCAAAAUCCAGGGAAGAGUCAGAGCUCCACCUUCUCCACCUACACUUUCACAACCUGUCGCAUCCUGCACCCCAGUGACCUCACACAGGUCACUACAAGGUGAGUCCCCCUGUGACAUGAAGAGUAUAAGAAAUGCAGAUGGCGUGGCAGAGAGAAAAAAAUCACAUCCUCUAUGUCUUUUUUCAGCACUCAGUCAUCCAUCAUGGCCAACACCCCAAGCUCCAUGAGGACAGGUCCAAGUACUCCGUUGACUCCCUGCAGACUGAGUCUGGGAGACUCCUUCCCCCCUCGUCGUUCCCCUGCACCCCCAAGCGGCCUCGCCAAGCUGGUUCUGGAGAGGGGCAUUUCCGCACAAGUUUCCACCGACACCCCACCUCCAUCCCCAAAACCCACCCCCAGGCAGCCCCUCUUCCGCCUCCUUCCGAGCACACCCCCGAACUCACCCACCCACUCACCCGCUCCUUCCCCUGUUCCCACAGAGUCCCGCCAACACUCGGCUGAUAAUUUCCUCGCCUCGCGGCCGGCUGAGUUGUUCCUCCAGGAUGUUUACGGGUUGAACCUGGGCCGUGCUCCACAUCCGGACCUACCGAGCCCUAACCAGGAAUCCCCGAAUAUUGUCCAGUCACCUAAGCCAGGCCGAGCCAAGCCCGAUUCAGGUAACGUCGGCUUGGUGGAGAGACUGCGUCGGCUGGGUUUCACCAAGGUGCUCCACGGUGCAGAUUCAGACGCUUCAGCAGCACGCCGGGAUUCUUCAACUUUUGUGUCAGCAGGAGGGGGAAGCUUAUUGGACGGCUUAAGGCGCAAUCAGAGCCUCCCUGCAAUGAUUGGUGCCCGAGCAGGAAAAUCAACCAGUAACCCAACACCUCCCCCUCACCCGACCACCUUAGCCCUCGCUCCGCCACCCUGGGGAAACCUUAGAGGACGCCCUCACCUUGGCUCCGUCUCCCAUGCUUCGUCAAGCUCAACCAAACGCUGAGGGAAAGAGGUGAAUGGAUUGAAACACACUCCAGAACUUGAACCUCCUUCUUUAGACCUCCAUCCUCUUCCUCAUCUCUCCUUUCCUGCCUUUUGGAGAGAGGAGUCAGGGCAUCUGGUGGGCAGAACAAUCCCUCCUUUUUUUAAGACUUUAUUUUAAAGCACAACUGAACUAAACUGACUGUUUUUAGCGAUACUGCAGUGUCUUUGUGUGUAGAUGUGUGUAGUUACUGAGGCCUUAGUGUGCCUCUGAGCAGGUUAUUCAGCUCUCGGUACCUUCUGAGUCAUGUAUGAAUCUUAAUUAGGUAGUUUUCCUGUGAGACUCUGGAUGUUCUGGUUGAGGUUGAUUAAGCCAGGAGUGGAAAUAAUGUAGGUGGUUGAAGGUUUGUGGAGGUGGAUAAGAAAUGAACAGGGUGAUAUAGAGGUAUAAAAGGUCUCGGUAUGUUGUUGGGAGUUAGAGGAAGAAGAAUGUGAAAAGAAAGACAAAGAGCAUCCAGAGUUUUGCUGUCAAGGGCUUGUUCUGUAUGGGUCAGAAAAGCUUUAGUCUGAAAUAGAACAGUAUCAUCUGCAAAGAAAAAUUCAGUUAGAAAAGCUUUAGUGUGGAAAAAAAUCAGUGAGGGAAACUGUUCUGAAAUAAAUCAGUCAUCGGCAAAGAAAGGUUCAAGGGGGAAAAUUUGAGCCUGAGAUACAACAGUGUCAUCAGCGUAGAAAAUCUCAAGCAGUAAGUCAUGGUCUAAGAAAACAGUAUCAUCCACAAAGAAAAGCUGAAGUCUGAAAUAGAACGGUGUCAUCGGCAAAGAAAGGUUCAGUCAGAAAAGCCUUAGCGUGGAUAAGUUUGGUAUCAUCGACAGAGAAAAAAAUCAGUGAGGGAAACUGUCCUGAAAUUGAACUGUGUCAUCGGCAAAGAAGGUUCAAGGGGGAAAAUUUUAGCCUAAGAUACAACAGUGUCAUCAGCGUAGAAAAUCUCAAGCAGUAAGUCAUGGUCUAAGAAAACAGUAUCCACAAAGAAAAGAGGGAAACUCUUCUGAAAUUGAACUGUCAUCAGCAAAGAAAGGUUUCUAUCAGACAGUGCUUGGUAUGAAACAGAGCUGUAUCAUCUGCAAAUAAAGGUACAGAUGGAAAAAGAACGUUAUCAUCUGCAAAGAAAAUCUCAGCAAGAAGAGAAAAGGAUUCUAUCUGCUUUUACGACUUGAGGACCAGAAGAUUUUUAAGUGCUAGCUGGCUUUACAGCAUACUGCCAAGCUAAUAUGAUAGUCAGACCAUGUUAUUAACAUGCCAGUAUUAAUCUUCUAAUGAUUUUACAAGAGUGAAUCAUCACACGGAUGUAUGGUAACCGUCCAUGUGCUGUGCGCCUUUUUUCUAUUUUCUUGCAAGCGUGUGCAUGACACGUGAAAAGUAACCUUGCCUACAGGUCCCAGCAUGCACCUGUGCCAGGCAGGUAGUGUGAGGUUGAAGAUUAAAUCAAUACGCAGGCAAAGAAGAAACAGUUCUGUCUUUUCCUUCAGGUCCUUGUGUUCUGUGUGAUUUAACUUGUAUGAGGCCUUAAGUAGAAGCCAGCACUGUUAUGAUUUCAGUUCCUGUUAAGCCAUGUUUCUAUAUUUUUGUUGCACUCGGUGGGAUUUGAAGGUUGGUUCGCUUGUUUAUUUCAACACAGCCUCACUUUCUUUGGAGGGAAGUAAAAAGCCACUUUGUUUUGAUGGUUUAUCUCACAUGCAGGUUGUUUUUGUGGUUAUAAGACGUUUCUGGGAUAUUUCAAGUACAGUUGUGGUUCACAAAUCGGACAGCAGGUGGGAGUAUACCUGUAGAAUAUUAAGACGUAAGGUUCGUCCUGCAUAGUACUGUAUUAUAAUACCAAUACAAGGAAGCAUUAGGUUUUAUUUUAGACCCUGUGACCCUUAAGUGUUGCCAUACCUUUCAUUUGCCAGUCCAACUAGAGCCUCCUAAUAAGCUACUGCACUUUUACUUUUAUAUUUAACUUUUGUUUUACUGACACCACUGUUUGAAGUUAUUGAUUCUAACAUAUUAAGGACAAAUUCUAGCUAAAUGUGUGCCUGUUGUAACAAUGUCUGCUAACAUUUUGACAUUAGAUUUUAAUAUAUGUAGCACGUUUUUUUAUAUAUAUGUAUUGUUUUUUUGCUUCAUAAGGGAAUUUAAAAAUCAAGCCAAAACUUUGAAUACAUGUGAUACAAUUUAUGCGAAUUAGCUAUGGUAUACUCAGCAAAGGAAGUAAAGCUACAUCUCGGCGUUGAUUUGUGGGAAUGGAGAAAAGAAAAGAAAGCACAUCCAGACUUUUCAUAACAAUAGACCAGUAGAUUUAUCGUGGUUGUCAUAUGCACUGCUUUUCAACAAAGCAGGAGGUUCAGGUUUCUUCUUCUUUUUUUCUUUUUUUUUAAGCUAAAUUAUAAAAAAAUUGUUCUGUGAAAUCUUUGUGCCUCCCUCCAAGAUUCUGAUCCUCUGUAUACACUCAUUGCUAUUACUCAGUUGCCUCUUUUUUAAAAUAAAGCAUUGUAAAUAAAGCUGACUCAUUGACUGGUUUAUUAUGACUCAUGCAAUAGUUUCAGAACAAAAACCCUUGUCCUGAAAAUCCCACUCUGAGAGUCAACUGGAAGUCUGUUCAUUCCUUUAGGAAUCAUUAUGAAAUCCAGAGUGCCUGAGUCAAUCAGCGCAACAACGUUAUACAGCUCUUUCAAAUAUUUUUAUUAUGAUUUUAAGUCAGUUUCAGCCCCAGACUGUGUAAAAAUGAUUAAUGACAUGACAAGUCCCCAAAACAGACGCCAAAACAUGUUGAUUUCCCCCCACUGGCAAACUGAAGUUUAGGCCACAAAGCCCGCCUCCUCCAUGUAAACAGAUGAGACAUGGGUCCGCCUAUAAAAUUAAAAUGCAACCCCUCAGUUCUUCCCUGAACAUGGUUUCUGGUCUCAUAAAUAGUUCUUAUAACAACAAUUUUUCGUUCAUUUUUGAAACAAUCAUAGUCUUCGCCUAAAGGUCCUUACACACCGGGGCUGACGCAAAUAUAGAACGCGGAAUCACUUAAUAUUCAGAGGCGAAUUUUGUGUAUAGUGCCUGGCUAUACACAUCAAGCCCGAUGUGAUUUUCCAACUUUCCACAGGGAAAAAGACGCAUCCCGGGGAAGACUUUUCUUGGGGUAAGUCCCGCCUCCUUCGCCUCUGAUUGGCUAGAAAAGCUGGAAACGUCAUCACACGCUCAAGCCAAACGGUCAGGACUUAUAGCCAAUCAGAGACAAUAAGAUAAGCACAUGAAACUAUGGUAAAAAGGCGUUUAGCAAACUGUUAAAGCACGCAAACCAUCGUCAUUUGAGGAAUCCGAUGCUAUGACUCUCUACAAGUUGUCCUUCAGGUCGUUAUCUUUGUAAUGUUUGUGUCUUUAAUCAUAAAUCAUUCUCCGACACGUGAACAAUCAGCCGGUCGGCCAUGUUGGAUAUACCGGUGAAUCUGACGUUGCAACAACACGAAAUCUGAUUGGUCAGAAGUGGACACACAGUAUGCGAAAUUUUAGAAAAAUCAACCAUGAUCCGAAAAAAUAAAUGGCACAAUAUCGCAGAAUGGGAAAAUGUCGCUGAUGUGAACGCUUGUAUUGACAGGAUACGGGUUCGAAAAAUAAUAUUGACAUCCGAAAUAAUCGCACGACAAAAACGGUCCCGGUGUGAAAGGACCUUAAGUUGUCAAUCAACCAACAGAUUGGUUUUCAUUCCUAGAGCUUAAAGUCAAACAUUACAAUGUUUACC